AUGGCGGCGCUCAGAGGCGUGAUCGGAAGGUCCCGUGGCAGCCCUCCUGGCCAGAGCUAUGCGGCGUCUCUGCUCCUCUCCGCCCUUGCAGCCCGCCUCUCGCCAGGCAGCGGCGGAGAACCAAUGGAGAUGUCCAUGUUUGAAUCCUCACCCCGCUAUGAAGAUCACUGGCUGGCCUGCGGAGUCCCUGGCGGCGGCGUGCGGAUGCGGAUGGCCUCUUCAGGGGCCGUUCCGGCGGCGAGCCCAAGUCACGUGUGGAAGGGCCAAGAGAGAAAAGCGCGGAGCCGACACGGGACGUGCAAAAAAGGAACGGCUCGCGGAGACACGCGCAGCCUUUGCCGGGAGGCAGAAGCAGCGUUCUUACGGCGCGAGCCUGCGCAGCUCUACUCAGACGCCAGCCCCGUUGGGUGCCACGGCCCCUACUGCCAAGUAAGGGGGAUCGAGACCUUGGCAGCCUUAGCGCCGGCGCGCCGCUUCCCCUUGGCCGCCGCCGCCGGGUGCAGUACCGCUCCUGACCGGGCGGGGGCGCGCGCCUCCUCUACCAGGCCAGGCCAGGGCGAGCAGGCGGGCGAAGGCGCUCCGGCGCCGGCGCGGCCAUCGCGGUUCUGCGCGAGGGGGACGCCGCUCUGUCCCCGCCGAGUGGAACAGGCCGCCGCGGCCCCGCCCACCCGCCCAGAACCGGGAAGCGGGCGGCGCGCGCAUGCGCACGGCGGCGGCGGCGGCGACGGCAUGGGGGCGCUGCGCGGGGCCGGCGCGGUGGGCGCGGCGGUGGCGGCUCUGUAUGUGGCGGCGGUGCCCCCCUCCGCGCCCGGGGGCGAUUCCGGGGAGCUGAUCACAGCCGCCCAUGAGCUUGGAGUGGCUCAUCCUCCUGGUUAUCCCUUAUUCACUCUUCUGGCUAAACUGGCCAUUGAGCUGUUUCCUUUUGGGUCCGUUGCCUACCGAGUCAAUGUGCUCUGUGCCAUCUUGGGAGCAGCUGCAGCGUCCUUUCUGUUUUACACCGUCGUCAGGCUCUCUGGCUCGCACGCCGCAGGAAUCUGUGCUGUGGGGCUGUUUGGGUUUUCUCGCCUCACAUGGCAGUGGUCCAUCACGGCGGAGGUGUUCAGCCUGAACAGUCUGUUUGUGGGGCUGCUGAUGGCUCUCUCCGUGCACUACGAGCAGGCGACGACCCCGCAGGAAAGAUCAAAGGUGUGUAAAGCAGGGGCCUUUUGCUGUGGACUAAGUCUGUGUAACCAGCAUACGAUCGUCAUCUACGUGCUCUCCGUGGCGCUGUGGGUUUCCUUUCGCUUGCUCAGGGCCCGGGAAUUGACCCUCGGUUACAUGCUGAAGUUGAGUUUCUGCUUUUUGGCUGGUUGCCUGCCGUAUCUCUACUUGCCAGCUUCUUCCUACCUCAACAAAGCGUGCUGGACUUGGGGAGACCAGACUACCCUGAAAGGAUUCAUGACCCAUCUUCUCAGGGAAGAGUACGGAACAUUCAGUCUGGCCAAAUCAGAAAAUGGAUCCAGUAUGAGUGAUAUAUUACUGUUCCAGGUGACCCACAUGAAGGUGGAACUGACCCCCAUCACCCCGGGCCUGGCGGUCGUGGCCUGCUUGUGCUCCUCACUGAGGCCAAAGGCGGAGAAGUCGCGUUUGGUCUGGCUCUUUACUUCCAUGCUGCUCGCGUAUUCGUUAUUCUUUGCUUGGAGAGCAAAUCUGGAUAUCUCAAAGCCUUUGUUUCGCGGAGUGGUCGAGCGCUUUUGGAUGCAGAGCAAUGCUGUGCUCGCUGUGCUCGCUGGCCUGGGCUUCUCCUCACUUCAAGUCCUUGGAGAGGCUUUCUUCAAAAGCAGACGGCUGCUGGGCGGCCUGGCGUGGCUUUUUGCUGCCCUCCUCGUCACAGCGCAAAUGUACUCUAAUUACAGUGUCUGUGACCAAAGCCACAAUGACGUCGUGCACCGGUUUGCCCAGAACCUUUUGUCCUCCAUGCCUGCAAACGCCAUUGUCUUGCUAAGGGGAGAUUUGCCUGGGAAUUCCCUUCGUUAUCUUCAUUACUGUGAGGGAAUAAGGCCUGACCUUACCUUAGUUGAUCAAGAAAUGAUGACUUACCCUUGGUAUUUACCGAAGUUGGCUAAACAUUUGCCGGGAGUCACCUUUCCUGGGAACCGCUGGAAUCCCGUGGAAGCACUGUUAGUUGAUGGAACGAUCACAUUUAAUCUUCGCCGUUUUCUCAAAGUAAAUAAACACAAGGAAACCUUUGCUUGCAUCGGGCUGCAUGAAGGUGACGCCACCUGGAAGGAAGAGUAUUCCCUUUGGCCGUGGGGCUCGUGUGACAAGCUUGUGCCUUCCAAGGUCCCCUUCGACCCCAGAGAGUGGGCUCACAGAACCAGGAAUCUCUAUAACUGGAGUGACGAAUAUGGGAGGUUCGAUGCGUCUUCAUGGGAGUCGGUGGCAAACGAAGAGAUGUGGCAGUCCAGGAUGAAGACGGCCUUCUUUAUUUUCGACCUCGCAGAAACUGCUCCUGUGCCUGCCGAGGAAAAGGCGCAGCUGUACACACUGGCUUACAAUCUGUACAAAGAAAUCGUAAGCACAGAUGCCGCGCACCCCGUGAACUGGCACAAGAACUACGCAAUUGCCUGUGAGAGGAUGCUGCGCUUUCACCCGCAAAGGGAAGACCCGGAAACACUGCUCUCGGAAAGCAUCAGACACUUCCUCCUUUACGUGGAGAAAGCUGAGGACGAUCCCCAGCGGCGCAAUAUUUUGAAAGCCGUAAAGCACCUGAAGAAAGAACUUGGGGAGCUGAGAAGGCUGCAGAGGGGGGGAAAUAAGCAGCUUGCAUAGCUUGGUUUUGUGCGCUGCAGGCACGACGGGAAACCAGAUGAGCUGUGAAGAAAAACCUCUUGGGGAACAGACUGAAAAGGACGGGGAAAAUGAUCUCAUAGCGGGCAAUGAGCGGAGGAAUAGGGUGGCGUUCCCCAGCCUGGUGUCCCCCAGAUCUGGAACAGCAGAUCCUAUGGUGCUGGAGAUGGUGAGAAUGAGCAUCCAAUGUUUAUGCAGAAGGCUGGUGCGCAUUGCUUACGCCGGUGCCUUUCAGUUAGGAAGACAUGCUAAAAGAAAGGAACGAAAUGACGGAGGCAUAUAAAAUUUUGCAUGAGGUGAAGGAAAUGUCUAGCUGUUUGGCUUCCUCUCCCAUAAUCCCAAGCCCUGGAGGCAUCCCGGGAAGGGGAUUGGGGAGGGGGCACCCGCCUUGCAUGACAAAGGUCCCAGCUUUGAUCUGCAGCAUCAUCUCCAGGUGGGCUGGGAAGGAUCUUGCCUUCAACUGGGAGAGGCAUGGCUGCCAGUCCGUGUCAGUAAUGCUAAACUAAAUGGGCAGGGCCAUGCCUCAGAAGCAGCCUCCAACGCUCCUGGGAUUGGUAGGGGUUUCAGGACAGACGGAAGGAAGCACUUUUCCACACCGCGCACAGGUAAGUGAUGGAAUUCCUUGUGGCUGCCCGAAAUAUGGCCUUCCUGUUCUGGUACCAAGGCCUCAGUGCAUCCUGAACCCAUGAAUGGCAGAGGCCCGUUCAACCUUUGAGGCUAAUUGCUGUAGCCUACCUCACCUGUAAGUCCACGCUCCAUCCUGUAUGUUGGGGGACUUCCUGUGGUUAUUCAGUGGUAAGGGAGAUGAGCUAUUUACAAGUUCAGAGAACUCUGGAAUAAUUUAUUUGAAUCUGGACUGGGCCAUUGCCCAUGGCAUUAUGAAAAAUUUCUGGGGCUGUGCAUUCCUUAGACCUCUAUAUUACUCUUGAACCAUAAGCCAAACCUUGGUUUGUUAUUGCAUCGACAUUUGGAACUGUGGUUAAUCUUAAAUAUAGUUUACUUCAGGGUAACAAGCCAGAAUGGUAAACCAGUUUGAAGUUGGCUUGUUUUCAUAUCUAAAUCAUAGCUAAAAUUUGACCACAUUUGUCUGGGACUGGACCUAACAUGAAACCAUGUGAAAAUAGAAGCAAAAUCUUCCACUCUUCUUUCCUCUGCACUGCAGUAAAAGGAAUGGGGGGAGUUUACAAACGGAGGUUUUUUAAAUAUCUGUGUAUUACUUCCCAACACAGCCAUUGAAUCAAACAAAGUUGGGAAUUUUCCAGGUGCUUGAGUACAUUGUACAGAUGGGGGCAGGUGGUGGUGAAGGUGUUUGGCCUGUUUUAGAAAGGGGCACAGCACCCCCCCCCCCCCGGACCAUAAGGAAGGCUGAGCACCGAAGA